AUCGCUCCGACAAGCCGGGGAGAGGAGGAGAAAAACGCUGGAGCGCAGCGAUGGAGCGCUUUUAAGAGAUAACGGCGGACUCCGCUGACGAAAAUAAGCGAACCGAGUACAUGACCAAAGAAACGGGACCGGCGACGAGAAACGUAACAAUCAUGCAAUUUAAAUACAGACGAAUCUGAGCGAGCCGCCUCUUCUUCAAGGUUACACCGCUUGAAGACGCCCCAGCAUCCCUGUUGUCGCAGAUCAGCUUAGUCGGUUGAUCGUCACCUGGGCGCCGAUCAUGUCCGUGGAGGAGCAGGGCUACCCCGACGCCGCGAUGCUGCUGGAGGCCGGGCCGGAGUGGCUGCGGGCCGAGAUCGAGCGUCUCUCCCGGGAGCUGAGUGAGACCACGAACGAGAAGAUCCAGGCGGCGGAGUACGGGCUGGCGGUGCUGGAGGAGAAGCAGCAGCUCAAGCAGCAGUACGAUGACCUGGAGAUCGAGUACGAAGCCGUCCGACAGGAGCUGGACCAACUGAAAGACGCCUUUGGACAAGCCUACUCUAACCACAGGAAGGUGGCAGCAGAUGGGGAGAGCCGUGAAGAGUCUCUAAUCCAGGAGUCGGCCUGUAAGGAGGCCUACUAUGAGCAGAGGGUCCUGGAGCUGCAGACCGACCUCCGGCAGACACGCAACAUCCUCGCCAACACCCAGUCCGAGAACGAACGCCUUAACACCAUCUCCCAAGACAUGAGAGAGAACAGCCAGAUGGUGGAGCUCCAGAGGAAUCAGCUGCGUGAUGACAUCAAGGAGUACAAGUUCCGGGAGACUCGUCUGCUGCAGGACUACACCGAGCUGGAGGAGGAGAACAUCUCGCUGCAGAAGCAGGUCUCCGUGCUCAAGCAGAGUCAGGUGGAAUUUGAGGGAUUAAAGCAUGAGAUCCGUCGUCUUGAGGAGGACACUCAGUUUCUUAACAGCCAGCUGGAGGACGCCAUCCGUCUGAAAGAGAUCGCCGAUCGUCAGCUAAGUGAGGCUCUGGAGACCAUCAAGACUGAGCGUGAGCUGAAGGCGUCCCUGCGGAAAGAGCUUUCCCACUACAUGAGCAUUGGAGACACUCUGUACCACAGCCCUCUUAGCAUUUCUCUGGAUGGUCUGAAGUUCAGCGACGAUGCUGCCACCGAACCUAACAACGACGAGGCUCUACAUGGAUACGAGAAUGGCUUCACCAAACUGGCCAAUGCCAUCGCCGAUGACGACAACCGCAUCUCCACGCCCAAGAAGGAAGACCUGUUCCGUCCUGCACCCAGCCUCGUCGACGACCUGCUCAGUGAACUUAACAUCUCAGAGAUCCAGAAGCUCAAACAGCAGCUGAUGCAGAUGGAGCGUGAAAAGGUCAACCUGCUGUCCACCCUGCAGGACUCCCAGAAACAGCUAGAGCAGGCUAAUGGUGCUUUGUGCGAGCAUCAGGAGAAGGUCAACCGCCUCACGGAGAACCUCAAUGCUAUCCGCAAGCUCCAAGCCAGCAAGGAGCGUCAGUCUGCCUUGGACAACGAGAAAGAACGUGACAGCCACGAAGACGGAGAUUACUACGAGGUGGACAUCAACGGACCUGAGAUCCUGGAGUGCAAGUACAAGGUUGCUGUGUCUGAGGCAGGAGAGCUGAAGGAGGAACUGAAGACUCUAAAAGCAGAAUACCAGACCUGUCAGUCACGUUACGAAGAGGAGCGCAACCGUCUGGAGAAUGAUGUCACAACACUGGGAGAGAAACUGGCAACCCUGGAGAAGACGAGCUAUGUAGAGAGAGAAGAGAAGGCCAAGCUUGAGAAGGAGCUUCGCAAGUUGAGCGACGUGGCAGGCGAGUCCCAGGGCAGUCUGAGUGUGGCACAGGACGAACUGGUCACCUUCAGCGAAGAACUGGCCACCCUGUACAACCACGUCUGCAUGUGCAACAACGAGACUCCCAACCGCGUCAUGCUUGACUUCUACAAAGAGGGUAAGGGUGGUCGCAGCAGCCCAGAGGGCCGUGGCCGCCGCUCUCCCAUCCUGCUCACCAAAGGCCUCUUCCCUGAGCCUGGUAGGACCGACCUCAGCGAUGGAGCCCCCUCGCCAGUCUCCUCCCUGCCUUCUCCCGUGUCUGACCACCGACGCGAGCCCAUGAACAUCUACAAUCUGGUUGCUAUCAUCAGAGACCAGAUCAAGCACCUGCAGCUGGCUGUGGACCGCACCACAGAGCUGUCUCGCCAGAGGGUCGCCUCUCUGGAGCUUGGCACCGUGGCCGACAAGGACAAGGAAGCCUGCAUGGAGGAGAUCCUCAAAUUGAAAUCCCUGCUCAGCACCAAGCGGGAACAGAUUGCAACUCUGCGGACCGUCCUCAAGGCCAACAAGCAGACAGCUGAAGUUGCUCUGGCCAAUCUGAAGAGCAAGUAUGAGAAUGAAAAGGCCAUGGUGACAGAGACCAUGAUGAAACUGAGGAAUGAGCUCAAAGCUCUGAAGGAAGACGCCGCCACCUUUUCCUCCCUCCGAGCUAUGUUUGCCACACGGUGUGACGAAUAUGUCACCCAGCUGGAUGAGAUGCAGAGGCAGCUGGCUGCAGCAGAGGAUGAGAAGAAGACCCUCAACUCUCUGCUGCGGAUGGCCAUCCAGCAGAAGCUGGCUCUGACACAGCGUCUGGAAGACCUGGAAUUCGAUCACGAGCAGACCCGCCGUGGAGGCACCGCCGGCCGGGCCAAGACACGCAGCAAGGCAGCCAGCAGCACCACCAACAACCCCCAUGUAAGUCAGAGUCUCACCUGCUCUGGCUCCGGCCGACCAGAGCACAACAAUGCCAUGCCCAACGGCAUUCUGGGAGGCCCAGUGGUCUUCUGCAGCGAGAAGUACAAGAUCUACUGCGACUGAGGCGGCUGAAACGUCCGCAUGGGACUGCUGUGUACAGAGGGGAGGGGGCUCACGGGCCGAACCCUCCCUGCCUUAGUGUUAAAGAGCCCCACUCGCUCGCUUAGCUCCCUGACCAGCCUGCGCUCCUCUAGGGACUGCUGUGUGACUAACCAGCUGCUCGUGUAUGCUAGUGUAAACGCUUAGGGGAAUGCAGAUGUAUGUACAGUGUGCACUAGACGUUUGGACUGUAGUAGACAUAUAUGGCAUGUGGGAUUAUAGGGCCCUGGUUAUAUUGGGGGUUAUGUGGAUAUUAUGGAGUGUCUAUUCUUUCCGCUGUCAUGGUGCUGUACGUAUGAUGUAAAAGGUGGCAGCUUCUGUGCUUGUUUAUUGGCCCCCUGAGUGGCUUGCCUGGUGACAUUAACACAUUGUGGGGGUGGAGACUUGUAAAGAUGAUGUCAGUCUGAUGGUCUCACGACUAAAUAUGACAUCCUCUGUCCUUUGGCUUGUCUGUCGGCAUUGGUGCUCCUUUAAUAAAAGCCCCCUUCUCCCCCCUGCCUCUCCGUCCUGGUUCCCCCAGGACGGACCUUUGCCCAGAAGCCCACUUUCUAAUCAAGUCACUCUUUAAUGUUUACAACAAGAAAACUAACUAAAAUAUGCAAGCUCCCCCUGCUUUCUGUCUCGGGGAGCGUAAUAUGAUUCUACACAGAAAUUCAAAACUCAUAAGUGGGUUGAUGGUUUUAUGAUGGAAUUGUUUGGGCAGAAAAGGAGCACCUGUGACCACAGGUGUUUAUUUCAGGAUCAUUUUAAAGCUGUGAUGCUAGCACACCAAUACAAUAGAGUCAGUAGAAUCGCAUGGCUUUGCAGCUGAAAACGCUUUUUAAACUGUUUUUCUGUUGUCAGGUGUGUGGUAUAAGACAAACUCAUGUACUACAGGGCUCUACAUUGUGAAAAGAGACGUUAAUUGGUGUCUGGUGAAAUAUAGGAGGGCUAUCUACUCCAUGUGACCCAUUAUGUUGCGAUGGAUUUUUUCAGAGCCAUAUUGCAAGAAAGAAGGAAAGUUUGACAAAUCGAUCUCCACAUCUAAAUUAAGUGCACUUCAGCAUAGGUGCCUCAGGUUCCUACUUCUGUUAAAAUGGAUAUAAUGAUUACUGUGAACAGAGAUACAAUAUAGUUUUGAUCAAAGAUGGUUUUUUAAAAUCCUAGAAGAGCACAAAUCAAAAACGUACUCACAUCUGGAUAAUAAAUCUGCAAACAAAACCAACCGACUACUCGGCAAAAGUGCCUGUCGACCCAAACACUUGAUAUGUUUAUCUAUCUGUUGAUGUAAAGCCCUGUCCUCGUGUCUCUGCUUGAGCUAACGCUCUUCUUUUCCUUUUCUCUCCCCAUCCUCUGUCUCCCCGCGCUAUUUCUGGGAGAUUGCUGAGAGCUCUGAAAUAAUUUCUGUGUGGUUAUGUGGCUGAAAUCCCUUUCCUUAUGUCUCUAAUCUGUGUCUGUUUGCUCGGUCGCUAUGACGACCUUCUCUCUCAUAGAUUGUCAGCAGCUUGCUCCCCCAGCAUCACCACUCACCCUUUAACUAGAAUGAGGAAUUGUGGGGAAAAUUGCCCUCUGAAUAUUUUUGUCAGGUAACGUCCUCGCAUACGUUGUGUUUCUGAAUUUUGCCUGUGUGUAUAUCUCAGUGUUGAAGUGAAGGGCCCUCAUGUGUGUACUCUGUUUGUAACCAUUGCAAAUAGAGGGCCUGUCACUUCUUUUCCUUUGUUUGGUGUGUGAGGACAAAAGAACGUACUGUUUUAGUAUUGACGAUAGCUUUAACCCCUUGCAAGCUAGCAUUACGCAAAUAGUAAAAAUAGAAGUGGGGCUUGUGUUUAUAAAAUCCAUGUACUGCUUGUGGAUCAUAGACACAUUAGCUUUAUGAUGCUAAAAGCAGGGUUGAUAUGAGGAAAUCCUGCAAGGUUUAUAAAAAAUUUUGCAUUUUUUACUACUACCUAGCUAUAUAUUAAACUCUAUAUUCUUAAUGCGACCAUAUUCAGGUUAUAAUCUUGCAGGAUCCAACUACAGUAUUCGUUCCUCUUAAGUACAAAUGAAAAGGAACAACGUCAGCGGUCAACCCUGCUUGUGCGAGCAUCCAUAAGCCACAGCACACAGCAUGGAGACAAGGUUAUUGUACACAUUAGGGGAAAAAGAAAAAAAAAAGCAGCCUCCUCAGAGGUCAGUCACUCUUAUGUUUCAAAAUCACUUAACUUACAGGUGCGAUAUAUUCUGUUUCUAUCAGUUUGCGCUGACGGAGAAAAGGUUUGGGGAGUAGAGCAGGGAGAACUACUCAUGUUGUAAAGCAGCUCCUGAGAGAGGAGAUAAGAAAAGCUAGACAUGCUGGUGAAGAAAGCCAGAUGUGUGGCUGAGAGCUGAUGUUGUGGAGAAAUGAGUCCAGGAUUUUCCUAAAGGGGAGAAAAUCUUGGUGAUAUUUGGAGGAUUAAAAAAAAAACUGAAGGCUGGUUGCUCAAUCAACCAGAAGACAUUGAUUCAAAUUAGCUGAGCCUCCGGACCCUUUUCCCUUGUAUAGGCUCCGUGGAUUCACAGAGCAGUAGGUAGUUCCCAGAAUGUGAUUGUGAUUAGAAUUCCCAUUUUCUAGAUAGAUGAAUUCCCACUUCGCUCCAACUAGUUUGAAAUCAAUGUCUGACUUAUCCGGUGUCAUUACAAUAUGCCACCUAAAAAGCUCCUCCUACCUCUGCCUGCGGGCUCCUCCCAUGUCACCUUUAAGUUUUCCUUCUCACGAUGCAUCUUGUUUCUGAUUUGUCGAAAGCCUGCAUGUCGAAAACAUAACACGUUUUUUUUCAUUACCUUGCAUGGCAUUAUGAGAAAGACCCAUGUCCUUUGAACUGGGUGUUGGGAUGUGGCUUCAUCUCUGUCCUGUGAAUGAAAGGUCGUGGUACUUGUGAGUCAUUGGCUUCCUAACUGCACCCGCAGGAUAAUUUGUGGUGAAUGCGCUUCCACAUCAGCUCCUCAAAAACAUAUCGACAGCGCUGAUGUGACACAACAGCUCCUGACGUAACACUGUUUGGCUUCGAGCGCCCCUAACAUCGCCGUCCGAUGCUUUGACUAACUGUGGCCACCAUCUACUCCGUCUGUGUGGACUCAGCCGCUGACCUUGCAAACAGUCGUUCUCGGAUGACCAACUAUGCUAACGAUGCUGAUCAUUUGUUUGUUUCUCCAUUUUGCAGUAAUUACAGUAAUUCCGCACGGACGACGAAGCACCAACACAAGGUCCAUUCUCGCAGCCGAUUGGGUUCGCCGAAAAGAGUUAGCGCUAUAUUUUAUUUGGACUUGAAGACAAAAACAAAACAACCAAGCUUAGCUAAACAGCUAAGUGGAAAUCGCUAAAUGAAAACACUGAUUUUUCAGUCAAUUCAGUGGCCCUUGCUUUUGAACACUAAAAUGUGAAGCGUAUUACAAUGACACUUGGCCUCAUUUCUGCGUGCAGCUGCCGGAAGCCAAUUUCUCACAAAUCCAGUGAACUUGACAUUCUGAAACAGAUUGUGAUUGGCUAAUCUAACCGUCCAAUGAGAAGCCAGGGGAUGUGUGGUUGUUUCUCAAUGUAAAUCAACAGGUUCUUUUGUUGGGUUUCAUCUUUUUUUUAAAAUUUUAGUUUAUUGUUUUCUUAAUCUGUGCACUUUCAUUAUAUAGGAUAUAACAUACUAUUAUUGUUAACCUCUAGGAAAGCAUGGUAGUACUAUGGUUUGUGAGUUAUCCAAUAUAGGUUAUAAGACUAUAGGAUAAAACGUCCUCCUGAACUUUCUGAAUACAAAUAUGAGAUAAUGUGUACUCAAGUAAAGGCUCUACAAACCACAAACGUACUAUUAUGACUCUGUCCUCAAGAUUUUAUCCAUCAAAUAAUCAUUCUUCAAAUGUUUUGUUACAUCGUAUGUUAUGCUGUUGGUUUUCUGUUAUGUUUGUUCUACUGCCAUGUUCUAUACAAAAAAAAAAAAAAUCCAGGGUGAUCAAAUUCUGGGGUUUUUUCAUGUAUUUAUUAUUCCUAGGAAUAGUUCAAAAUGACACAAUGAAACUUGACAACGCUCUGACUCAAAUAGGUAAGUUGUGUGUUGGGAAAAAUUUGAGAGACGUGAUAUGCUUUUCCUAGCUUCUUACCGAGGGCGUUCCACUGAAACGGGAUCACUGAUUUUCAGAAUUCUCUACAAGUGCAACGAUUAAAUUCCAAAUUGGAAUUGUUUCAUUCUCUCUUCGUUUAUCGUGCCAUAUCUUGGUACACCGUUUAGGUUGAAAAGAAUAAAGAUGACAAGAAAGAAGACAAGCCGUCACUGAGAAAGGUGUAGUUCGGGCCAUGGUGCUCCCCUGUGAGCGCCGGGGUUUUGUUUUUGGUUUGUUUAGUUCUUCGUUUCUGACCAGUAGUGCCUUUCAUUGUUUCAAGGGAGAAUCUUAGACUAGUGUUUUAUGUUUUGUUUUUUUAUAGGUGAGGACUUUGGGUUCAAAAUGACUGUGAGCAGCAAUAAGCGCAAAGGGAAUUUAACCCCUUUCUGCAUGAGUGAGAUAAUAGUUUUGAAAUUAGCUCAAUAAAAUUGAAAUUGUAUUGAAUUCUGCAAGUCAGUGAUCCAUUCAAUAAAUUCAGGGGUAUUAAGAAAAGGUUGUUUUUUGUUUUUUUUUAUCAAACUUUGGGAACCAAAAGAAAUCCCUUUGGCCUCCUGUUAUUGAACAAAAUGCUCCAAGCAUCUGUAAUGUGUUGGGGUAGAUCAGUGUACUAUUGGAAACAUCUACGUAUCUCUAGCUUUGUUUGGUGAAGGUAAUGUGAUAUCAAUAGUAUUGUUGAAAAAAUGUGCAGAGAGUGCAUUUUCUCUUUCUUUUUGUCCAAUUUGAGUUUUGUUUGUUUUUUUUAUUAUUAUUAUUAUUGAAUCUUUUUUUUUUUUUUUUUUACAUCAUCUUUGAGCAUUAUGUUUUCAGGAAACAGAAAACAAAAUCUGCAUCAACAAGCUUGAAUAGUGCCAUUACAGCCAAUGCUUGUUUGUUGAGGCGUUAAAGUUACCAAUAUGGAUAAGAAGCUAAAACAUAAAAGUGCAAUUUCAAAUACUGUUUUACAUUUUAACAAAAACAACAAAGUUUUCUGUUUGCUGGAAGCGAUAGCAUUGUGAUAAUAAAAUUAGCUGUGCAAACUUUAUAUUGUCAUAUUGUGUUUCAGUAUUGAUCCAUAAUGAGAGUUUGAUAUCUUUAUAUGAAAUAACGACUUCACCUGUACGUUGGUAUUUAUUUGAAUUGUCAUGCAGUACUGUAUUCUUAUCAAUAAUGUGCAUUAUGAUUAGUGGCAUAUUGAUUACGGCUAAAUGUCAUAUGCAUGUUUCUCAGUCAUGGGACCUUUACACAGAGUUGAAAACAAACAUGUAAACUUUUGUCAGGGUGUUUAAAAAAAAAAAAAAACUAGGGAAAAAAUUAAGUCUGAUGUAUUACUGCUGAACUAAUCCUCUGAAAGUGUUUUGUUUGUUUUCUAGCUGAGAGGUGGUAUGUCUGUGUAAGGGUAGUCAUACUGGCUAAAAUCAAUAAACGUGACUUAAGUUCCAA